UGCUCCACAUACGUACAUGUGGGUCCAAUGUAGCCCAGAUAGUUAACCCAAGGUAAAUCCACCUCCAGCACUCAUAAGGUUUCAACAUGGCUACUACCGCACCCUAACAAAGCCAUGAUGUUCCUUCGGGCACAAAACAUUCAGAUAUGUAAAUACAGAUAAUAAGAAAGCAGAACAUGACCAACUUGAAUUCCCCACAUUGAUGCCACAAAAAUAUGCCUCAGCAAGUGUCCCAAAGUACAUGCAUAAGCAUUUCCUUAAUGAUAUGAGAUUGUGUAUGUGUGGUACCCAGCGUGUAAAAACCUGUCCCGGCUGAUAAUUGGGUCUCUUUUUAUGUAAAGAUUGAUUUGGGAGUUUGUCCCUUUGGCCAUGCUCUAAUGAUCAACCACUGGGGAGGGAUACAGUCUUAAUAAAACAUCAGCAUGCCAGACAGCAGGAAAGCUCCCACUGUUCCAAGUGCGUCCCACUGAAUCCCAAUGCACCCAUCUGCAGGAGGAGGCCGAGUCGCUCACUACAGGGAGACUCUACACUUAACGCUACACCUGAAGCACGUUGCCGCAUAAUAUUAGUAUGAUUUAAAUAUUGGGCAUACGGAAGAAUGAAAACAUGAUUUGGUUAUUUGGCAAGGGCAAAGACACCUGUAUUGUGUGUGUGUGUGUGAGAGAGGUGUGUGUGUGUCGGUGUGUUUACUAGAGUACUUGCUUGUGUGUUUAUUAGUGCGUGCAUGUUUUUCUGUGUGCCUGUAUUUCUGUCUCUCAGCCAAUGUACCUUUUUUAGUUAGAAGCUUAGCAUUCAUUGUUAGAAUACUUCAAAACGUCAGACCCUAAUGAGAUACUGUAUGACCCUGAUUUAUCUUCUGUGCCAAACAGACAUCACCACCUUCACUGACAUAGUGACAGCUGUGGUGGGUCCCACAUCCAGCACAAAGCUCGGUGACUCCCUAACUGACACACCAGGUUGGAAACUAGUGAGAUGAAUACUAGGCAUUAGGCAUUUGAUAGUAGGUAACGUAGUAGUAGUAGUAGCUGGUAUGUGUAAAGUCUGAUCACCUCAAACUGUAUAUCAAUGCAAACUCCUUUUAUUAGUCUAGGUACUUUUAGUACCCACACUUAGAUUAGUCUCAGUGGUUUUGUAGAAAAGACUGUAUAUACAGCAUGUUUGUCUAUGAUGCUAGAUAACAUCUGGAGAGCAUUGGUGUGUAAAUGCAAUAAUCCUCUCAAUUACCUAAAUUACCUCAUUGCUGGCUCAGUAAAUGCUUUCCAACUGCUCCCUCAAGUGCUGCUUCUGGCAACAGAUCAAACGUCUGUGCCAGCCACUAUACCAGCCACUCUUCCAGCCAGUAUGUCAGACACUGUGCCAAUCUCUGCCAGUCCCGACCAGACAGACAGUCCAUCCUUAACCACAGUGAACUUGCCCCCAAUGGAGGUAAAUCUCCCCACAACCACAGUGAGAGCGCAGCCGAAAGGUAAGUACCCUGAAACACCAGAGGAAUCACUGACCUCUGACCUCUCACCCUUACACUACAUGAGCUUUAACACCUCAAAUAAUACUUUUUUCUCUAAAUGUCUUUUGAUAUGGUUUAGGGAUCUAAACGUGUGAAUAUUGGUUAGACUGUUCUUGAAACACAUCCACCUUGGACAUAUCGAUGGUCACAUGGAUUUUCUGUGACUUAAUCAUUUAGUACAUUUUACAAACGUUUGGGACUAUAAGAAUAGCAAAGCAAACCUGGGUUAUGAUACCAUAAAACAUCAUAACUGACUAGCAAUUUUACAUUGAUGUAAUAAUAGAAAUGUUGAUCGUUGUGCUUCAUCCGUGUCAACUAAUGAGAGCAACACAAGACGGGAUAGAAAUGAUGAACUGAGCACAGUGGCGUAGUAGUGUUUGUGAUCUUACUCCUACUAAAACACUUUAUUUCACAAUCUGUGUCUGUAAACCCUCUGUUUUAAACCGUCUUGCCUGUAAGCAAAACUGAGACCAGGGGUUAACAGCAGAUUAAACUGUGGUUUAAUGGGAACAGUCAAGUGGCGCACUGGGUCUUUGAAACAGACGUGUCAGAGAGACAGGCAGGAGAAACAAAACAUCUUCAUUGUUUGGCAGAGGAAACCCAAAGAAGCCUGUAGACUGUCAUAUUUACCCCUAUUAACCUCUCCCAGUGUGAAUCAGGACUGCCAGAGGCCAUAGAGUGCCUUAUUCUCCCCAGAGGUUGCACUGGGGUAAAGAGAUUAAACAUGAUUACUGGGCUAAAUUAGUCCUGAAGGCAAGGUAUGGUAUAAGGGCCAUGAUACUGACCUCUUAACAUCUCCAUGUGCUAGGCUACUUACACUUUAGGAUUCCCUGUCUGGUGCCAGCUACUAGCUUACUAGUGUCCCUCAGUGCCAGGGGGAGUAUUAGAACAGAGCCUUGCUGUUGUAUUCACUGUACAAAUGCUACAUUUGUAACCCCCACCUAAAAAGAGACAGUGAACGUGGGAGUGCACAGGGGUGUUUGGAGAGUAUGGAAUGCAUAUUUUGAGAGGACCAAUGAUAAAAGGUUAAGUCAUGAUAUCAUUCCAUGCUGUGUUUUGGUCUAUUGACAGAAACAUUUGGCAAAAUACAGAAGGUGAGAAGUUGGCCAAGUGUUUUCUACUCUCUUGUUUGGAAGAUAAAAUACCCAGCAGGCUCACUAUCCCUCAGGCUCUGGCAGCAUGUUGAGUUCAUCCCAGGGCUUUCCAGAACACAGAUUAAACUGCCUACUUUGAUUCCCUCAGGAAUGUUUGAUAGGAAAAGGAAUGCAACAGAACAUUUCAUAUCACCUGCAAUAGAAUGGCACCAAAGUGCUUUGUGGCAUUUGACUUUUGAAUCAAAUGGUCAUUCUGUUUGUUGCUCUCUUACCACCUUCCUUCUGCCUAGCAAGGGUCUGAUGAUAUCCACUGUUCACAAGGAAAGUGCUGCCACUGGACACAAUCAGCAGCCAGGAGCGAUAAAUCAUUAAAAACGCUAUCUUUGUGUAGCAUCUUUUUCUGGAGCACAGCAUCGAGCCAGCAAUACUGUGCUGGGGGCCAAAGCUCAAGCCUUUUCUGAUCUAUUUCUGAAUACCAAUUGAAUGAACAGCUGCUAAAUAUUUCACAAGCCGGGAGAAGACAGGUCGUGGUAAGGGAGAGCAAAUCAGGCAAGUUACAGAGCCUGUGGAGAUAGAUACAGUAGAUAGAUACAUGAAACCAUAACAGGAUGGAGGCACGGAGCCGUGUCCUUGAGGAGUAGCCACAGGGCAGAUGCAGGGGAAGUGAUGAUAUCUGGGCAUGGAGUAUCCCAUUUCUACUGAUACUGACAGAAAUAGAGAGAAGUUGAAUGCUGUAGAUAUCACACGACGAUGCCAGCGAGCAAACAUCAAAAUAUUAUAAAUAUAACGGUGCAGUGGUUAGUAUGCCAUCUUAACAACUGAUUGGUGUGAUUUUUCUGUACACAAUUGCAGUUACUCAAUCAUCUGAUGCAGCUGAUGCCACAUCUGACUCAGUCACACCAUCAUCUGAUGCAACCACUCCAACAUCAGUUGGAUUUACUCUCACACCUGACAGCACAACGACAACUUCUUACACAGCGACUUCUGUCACCAGUACCACAGCAUCUGACACAAGUACUACAGCAUCUGACACAAGUACUACUACAUCUGAAACAAGUACAACAGCAUCUGACACAAGUACUACUACAUCUGACACAAGUACUACUACAUCUGAAACAAGUACUACUACAUCUGAAACAAGUACCACAGCAUCUGAAACAAGUACCACAGCAUCUGACACAAGUACCACAGCAUCUGACACAAGUACUACUACAUCUGACACAAGUACUACUACAUCUGACACAAGUACUACUACAUCUGAAACAAGUACCACAGAAUCUGAAACAAGUACCACAGCAUCUGACACAAGUACCACCGCAUCUGACACAAGUACCACCGCAUCUGACACAAGUACCACCGCAUCUGACACAAGUACCACAGCAUCUGACACAAGUACCACAGCAUCUGACACAAGUACCACAUUUGAUACAAGCUCAAGAACAACUGAGAGAAGUACUACAAUAUUUGACAUUAGUAUUACACCUUCUGUCACUAGUACUAACACAUUUGACAUAAGUACCACAACAUCUGACACAAGUACCACAACAUCUGACACAACUACCGCAGUAUCAGACACAAGUAUCACAACAUUUUACACAAGUACUACAUUUCUAACAGGUACUACAACAUCUUACACAAAUAUUUAUUUUGACACAAGUUCUACAACAACUGACACAAGUACUGUAUCUGACACAAGUACUACAAUAUUUGACACAAUGACUUCAACAUCUGACAUAUUUACCACAACUUCUGGCACUGUUACUUCAGCAUUGGAUGUAUUCACUUCAGCAUCUGGUGUGCCCUUUCUGGCAUCGGACACAGUUACUCCAGCAUCUGAUGGAUUUACCUCACCCCCUGAUGAUACAUUUAUUCCAGCAUCUGAGGGAGAGACACCCGCCUCUGACGUGGCUACUUCAGUAUCUGAUGGACUGACCUCACGACCUGAUGAAGCUCCUUCAACACCUCGAGCAGUUCCUCCACUUCCCGACACGGUUUCCUCAGCACCUGAUCCUCUUUCCCCUACACCGGGUGGAGACACCACCCAAGCUCCAGACAAAUCUACUCCAGCACCUGACACAGAUACCUCAACAUCUGAUGCUGCUACCCUGGCACCUGAUGUAGCUACUACAGCUCCAGGCUCAUCUUCAGCAGCUCCUGAUCCUGCUACCCCAUCUCCUGACACAGGUGAUCCAGCUUCUGAUGCUGGACCAGCUCCUGAUUCAGUUGAUCCAGCUCCUAAUGUAGGACCAGCUCUUGAUUCAGUUGAUCCAGCUCCUGAUACAGUUGAUCCAGCUCCUGAUGAUGCUGUUGAUCCAGCCCCUGAUGCAGGACCAGCUCUUGAUUCAGUUGAUUCAGCUCCUGAUUCAGGACCAGCUCCUGAUGCUGCCACUCCAAUGCCUGAUGCUGGGGGCAGUGAGAAAGUGGAAAAUAAAGAAGAAAAUGUUAAAGAGGAAAAAGUUACCCCCAUAACUGAAGCCAAAGGGGAAAGCAAAGAGGAAGAGAAAGAGAAAAAAAAAGAUUUUGAAACGAAAGACAAUGAGAAAAAAGCGGUUGUAAAACUGUUGAUUCCUGGUGGGUCCAAAUACAGCCAGUCUAAGGUUGCAUACGUCCAGUUUCAAGACUGCGAGUGCUAUGGCCACUCGAACCGCUGCAGUUAUAUUGACUUUAUCAACAUCGUGACUUGUGUCAGCUGUAAACACAACACUAGGGGGCAGAACUGUCAGCACUGUCGACUGGGAUUCUUCCGGAAUGUCUCUGCCGAGCUGGACGAUGAGAACGUUUGUAUAGAGUGUAAUUGUAAUCAGCUGGGAUCCUUCCAUGCUCGCUGCAACGACACAGGGUUCUGCCAGUGUAGAGAUGGCUCCAUUGGGCCGAAGUGUGAGGACUGCCUGCCUGGAUACAGCUGGAGACAAGGUUGCUCCCCCAACGUCUGCGAUGAUGAGUUCCUGCUGUGCCAGAAUGGAGGCACCUGCUUCCAGAACCAGAAGUGUCUGUGUCUGCCAGAGUACAAGGGGGUGCUGUGUGAGCAGCUGCUCUGCGAGGGAGAGAGGGGCUGCAGCGGUGCCUCUGCCUCCUAUGUCAGCCUGGCCGCCAUGCUGAGCUGCCUUCUAGCCAACGCCCUGCUUAGAAUAGUCACUGCUUGCUGAGCCACAACCAGGACAGCUGGAGCACACCUGGCUGUAGUAUUGGGACCCUCCACCCGCCGCGCUAACCUCAGUCUCACGGUGCUGUUGCAUUCUGAAACAUUGUUUGCGGGUGCCAAGCCUCUCGUCGCCUCGCCACGAUGAAACAAAGAGAGAGUUCCUCUCUGGCUCUCAUUCUGAAAGCCAGUGCUGAAAGAACGUAUACCAAAAAAACAAAAUCACUAUCUAAGAAAAGUUUAAAGAGUGAAGAGUAUUCUUUAUGAAACAGUUUUUUUUUUCUUGUCGUACAUCUAAGUUUGUUCUCACUGAAAUACUGCACUUAGCCAACUUGUUUUCUGAAUGGAGAUGGUUGUAAUCACUGCUGAGGCCUACUAAUGCCAAGUUUCUCUUACUCUCAAAUUCACGUUUCCUUACUUUGCUGCAUAGCCUAUUUGUUUCCUGGCAACCAUCAUUGAACUGGAAAGAGUGGGGAAAUAUGAGUAAAACAUGUUUUAAUCAGAGUUGAUGUUUCAGUGGCUUGUGGUGGAGAAUCAAUUGUUGCAUGGAAAUCAUGAAGCAAAGAGAGGGAGUAUGACCUAUCCAAAUUGAACAAAUCUAUGUAUAUUUCAAAGGAAAUAUAUGACUAUUGUAUAUUAACAUUGUUUGAAUAUUUUUGGUAGAAAUUGUUAUUUUUGUUCUAAGUAAACGUUAUCAUUCUAAAGAAAAUUACCCAUGAUGAGCUUUUUAUUACUGUAAACCUUUCUGAGAAUGUGACUGUUAGAAGAUGAGGAUGAUGUUCCUGAUUCCGUUGGAUAAAGACAGUUGAAGGAAUAAAGCGUGAAGGUUUGAAAGUUCAAUAA